AUGCGCAUCGAGGAGGUCCACGCCCACACGCCCUUUACGAUCGGCGACAGCUGGUCGAGCGAUCCGGCGCUUCGACAAAGCGUAGGUCGCUACGUUUUAUCAAAUAUCCGAGACACGGGUUCUGAAGAAGCGACGCGCAUCUUUGACUCGCUCGCGGCCUUCUCAAGGACGAGCGCGACGGACGCGCGGGCGCUGGCAGCUCUGUGCGAUCGUCCGGGCACCCACCCUCGGUUGGUGCAGUACGACGAGUGGGGAAAAAGGGUAGACCGUGUGGAGACGAGCGAAGGCUGGAGAGGUCUGAAGGACUUCAUCACAAGACACGGCCUUGUUGGCGAAGGCUAUGGCGAGAAAGGACAGGAAUCUUGGCUGCGAGGUCCAGAGAGCCUCGGCGGCCGUGCCAAGCUCGGCAAUCUUGCACGCCUUUACGAGUUCGUGCGUUUGUUGAUCUUCGCUCCCGACUCGAGGGUCAGCCUCUGCCCCUUCUCCAUGACCGACGGUGCAAUCAGGACUCUGGAGCUCUACGGGACACCCGAACAGCAGGACAAAUACCUCCCGAAGCUCUUGUCAAGGGACCCAAACGAGUCUUGGCAGACGGGGCAAUGGAUGACUGAGACGAUCGGAGGCUCAGACGUUGGCAUGACAGAGACCCGCGCUGCCCCUCUGAUGGAUACCGGCCGCCCUGCAAAGGCAGGAGACCUGUACCUCGUGAAUGGCUUCAAAUGGUUCUCAUCAGCCAUCGAUGGGCACGGGUCUCUUGCACUGGCACGCACGAAUCCCGACAACUCCGUUGGAUCCAAAGGCCUGUCGCUCUUCAUCGUUCCCCUCCAUAAAAAGAACCGUCCAGCCAUCCCGGCUGGUGCAUCGUAUGUCGAGGAGACGGCCGCUUCGAGCCCCUUCAACGGGAUCAAGGUCCAUCGUCUCAAGGAAAAGUUCGGCACGCAAAAUGUGCCCACCGCCGAGUUGGAGCUCAGCAAUGCUGUUGGCGAGCUUAUUGGCCAAGAAGGCCGAGGGGUGGCCCAGAUCGCUUCUGUGCUCAACAUCACCCGACUCUACUGUGCCACCAACUGUGUCUCUGCGGUUGGCCGUGCCCUCCAGAUCGUUGAUUCCUACUCGCACACACGGGUUGUCGGUGUCCGUGGCAAGCCAAAGCUGCUCAAAGACAUCCCUAUGCAUGCAGACCGGCUUGCGCGCGUGGCUGUAUGCUACCGCGCCCUGCUCCAGCUUUAUCUCUCUACGACGCUCCUCCUCGGCAAGUCAGAGACGGGCUCGGCCUCAGACCGCGACAAGCGGAGGCUUCGCAUCCUCACGCCGACUGUCAAAGCCUUCACCUCUUAUCGUGCGACGGAAGCAAUUGCGCAAUGCAUCGAGGCGAUGGGUGGGCAGGGCUACAUGGCCGAAAACCCAAUGACAGAGGCGUUGAGGGACACGAUGGUGGAGCGCAUCUGGGAGGGAACGCCAAGCAUCCUCAGCCUCGACGUGGCAAGGAGGCGUCGUUGUCCGUCUUGA